GGGCAGGCAGUAGUUCCUGCUUUGUGAGGCAGAGAUCAAGAUUCCUUUGCUAUGUGGGGAAAAACCCAGAAUUUUCAGUUUCUCUCGUUAAAGUAAAGCAGACCAAGCAGAUACGACACAGAGAUCUUCAUUGUUUCCAUACCAAAGAACUCUAAAGGAGGAAGAGAGAGUUUUAUCUGGUGUUCUAUCCUCGGGUCAGAACGGGAAGCAAGCAGCAGKGAACAUUUUUCCUUGUGAUGAAGAGAGAAGUUAAAACAUGACUGCUUGUACCUACCGAAACCUGUUUCUGAUGCCUGUUCCUUUAAGUGCCCAUCUGUUCUCAAYUGCCUGCCACUGCCAUCCCUUCUGCCAUGUGGUUAGAGACACGCUGGAAGAACAUCCGUCAAACCUUGCUGCUUCUGUUCACUGCUGCUCUUCUCAUYGGGGUUACGAUGCUGGCCAUUUCCUCUAACAUCAACCCAGUAGGCUAUUUCUUCCUCGGGGUAGGGGGAGUGUGCCUGGUCGGCUAUUUGCUGAGUGUGUUUGUCGAGUGUUACCUGAGGAAUCAACACCGGCAUGACGCAAAUGAAAUACCUCCAAACAGGCAAAGCCAAGCAGGGGUGAAUGCUGCCUAUGAAGCGCCCACCUAUGAGGAGGUGRUGACCAUGUCAGCUCCAGCAAUAUGGACAAUUACAUCCAACCCGGGCUUGGUGCCCUCACCGCUGAGUGAGCCUCCCCCCUACAACGUAGUUAUUGAAUCCUCUGCCCAACAAGAGAUUGUGGGGGAAGGUCUGCGGAUGCCAGUGCCUCCAGACACGAGGCACAGCUCAGAGACACACAUGGGCUCCAGGAUGCAGCUGCAGCUGGUGCUGCCCCCAAGACUGCAGCGGUUUGUUUCAGACAUCCAUGAGGAGAAAGAUAGCCAAGAUAGGUUUGAACCACUGGAGCCACUCACUCCACCACCUGCUUACGAGACUGCCAUCAGUGAUGAGGUCUUUGAAGAUGCUCACCAGCCCUCCACAUUAGGAUUGAUUUCACCUUCCAUGAAUACAGAACCAAACCUUCMCCCCAAUACAGGAUGCUCCUAGAAGGAAGGUAAAAUGGCUGMGAUUUUUUAUGCCUGAAACUGUAAAUGUUUGUCCCACCAUUCUCUGAACCGGAGUUGAACUACAGACAYAGCUUCUGAUGUUACUGCAAUAUUUUUGCACAAAAUAUAAAUCAAUGCAAUACCACACUGCUUUGUCUUGGCAGAUACAUAAAACCACCGAGGAAAGUUGUGUUAUGUACAACAACAUUCUCAAACUGGAGAUACACCUUUAGGGAGAGGAGAAGUAAAUCAUGAGGAGACAAGAUUGCCAAAGGACRUCUGAAGAAGCCAGAAGAAUCUGCCUGGGAAAGUGGAGGAAUAGAAACAACUCUAAGCAGGUUCUGCCUGUCCAUUGUAAACAGCAAUACUGCUGAGUGCUGCGUGGUCAUCAGCCACCCUGAAAUUCCUACAGAAAAGACAAGCCUGUGCUCCCCCAGUUGUUCUGCGGCAACACAAAUUUAUGGUCUGAGCUGUUUUUUAUUGUUCAUCUGCCACACCUUGUCCACUUCCUCAGCUGUGCUACAUGGGAGUGUGACUGAAGGAAGGGGGGCUGACYGCAUGUGGAAGCUGGUACCACCUGAUACCUGCCACUUAGGGUCCAAAAGAUGAUGGCAUGCAUCAAAUGACUUCUAUUUUUCACAAAGUUGGUAUCACACUCAGCCAGUGGUGGAUGGAGAUAAGCUCUCCCCCGGUAAGAGAGGCCAGCAAUGGGAUGCAUACACCUGUAAGCAUCUCUGCAUGGACUGCUAGUUUUCAUGGCYCUACAUCAGGGUGUACAUCUCUGCUCUACUACAGAUGUACUCUAACAGAUGGCUUGAGAUACUUUAUUGUCAUCAUGGCAAGCACCUGCACAGAAAGGCCAAAGCUCCUYGAGGUCUCUGUGGGCACUGGAAAGGUCCAGUCUGUCUACUGAUGCCACAGCUGCAGCAGAGAGCACCUGAGGACAGCACUCACAAGGCUGUGGCUUUCAUCAUGAUGGCUCUAGGCUGUAGGCAGAUUCUAACUCUCACUGAUGCUGUGCCUUUUUAAGUGAGUGAGCUAAACUGAGCAGCUCUGCAGUGUCAUAGUGGUCUGCAGCAUGCAGAGAGAUGUGUUUGCAUCUGGUGAAUGUCCAAAUUAAAAAAAUAAAAAUGGUGGUCCGAAUCUCCUGUGAAGGAGAGCAGUAAUCAUCACAGUCUUGCCCAUAUGACUGCAUCUUUAAUUCAUAUGAGGAACUAUCAAAUCAUAUGCUAGAAGCAAAUAAAUUAUUUCUUAUGGUUUGUUUCUUUACAAUUCAAAGAAAAAAAAACCCUUUUAUGUUGUUUAUAAAUAAACAGGACUGCAUUAAAAUUUCCUGGUGGCAUCAUUAAUUUUUCCUCCCAAAAGGAACACUCCACAAAGCCAUGCUUUUGCUUGCAUUCUGCUUAUUUGAUAAUCUUGGCUGAGAAAAAAAGAGAGGACUUCCAUUCCUGAAUCUACAGCUAGAUUAUUGAUGAAGCAAUURUGAUGCCCCUAUCAUGGAAGUAUUACAAGAGACAAACUUGAUUAUAAAAGCAAUGUG